AUGGAAGUAAUUUCAUCAUAUCUUGUCAGAUUCGUGUUUUUGUUGGCGAAGACAGUGAUUGAUGAAGGUGGUGGUUAUCAGAGUUCGCCAGAGCUCAUAAAUCUGGAGGAGAAAAUGGAAGAUUUUAAGACAAAAAUUGUAGUUUUGAAGAAGAAAGUCGUAGAUUUGAACAUGAAAAUUGUAGAUCUGGAGCCAACCGGAGCUUGUGGAUCUGAUGGCGGUGGUUCGUCGGUGGUCGGAGGCGGCGACAGCAAGGGGUGGUGGCUGGUGGCAACUGGUGGCAAUGUUUAUGUGUUCUUCAAGUUUGAGAUGAGAGAGAAGAUAGAAUUUGUGUAG